AUUAUGUGCAUUGUGAAUUUUAAGUAAUAUCAAUCAAACUGCAGAAGGGUUGUUUUAGUUAAGUAAUCGUAACUAAAAAAGUAAACCCAGCUAACUAACACAAUAAAACAUGAUUUCCUUCUCUCCACGGCGUGUCUCUCGACAUGUCUCGCAGCUGUGCUCGUGGAUGCGGCGGGCUCAUCCUGGACACACACAAUACCUGCAUCACAUGUUUUGGUCUCCGGCAUGCUGAGGUAGAGUUCGUGGAUAUUGCCUGCCCGCACUACGAGCACAUGAGUAUCAAGGUCUUGCGGUCACGGGUGUCUGUAUUCUGUCUGAAUCUCGUCUGCUUCCCAUGGAAGUUAAUCCGUCAUCCACUGGCUCGCGGACCGUUCGUGCCCCGUCACGCUCGCCUAACCCGUCAUCACAAGUCUGCACAGAACCUCGUGCCUCUUCCGUGCACUCGGCUCGAGUGCGCGAUGAGGAUGAGCUGUCUGUCGUGGCAUCGGAGGUCGAUUUGCUGGCAUCAGACCCGGAUGAUUCACUGGAGCUCCCGCCCUCAGGUGGUUGGAAUGAACAGGAUGAGCCCAGGGUGAUUGAAAGCCACAUCAGACCCGGCGUCCGCCAUUCCAUCACUGCUGGGUCCGAGCGGGACGGUCCCUAGCCUGUCCCCUCCUCUGCCGGGCCCUUCUCAGGGCCUGGCGGCCACCCCUUCACAAAAAGAGUUUCCUCUCUCCCUGGGCUUCUUUCUCCACAGCCAGUCGCAGCCUCUCCCCAAUGUUGCAUCAUGGACCGUGGUACCGCAGCAGACCCACAGGCGUCAGCGCUCUCAAUCAGACGGCGUGUCGACCUCCGGUCCCAGCAGGCAGGCAAGUCAGCAGCGCUGCUUGCCUCCCCGGGGUCCAUCCUACGGCAAGGCAGCCACCCUGCCAGCCACCGAACCACCCCCCACAGGCACGAUGCAGCAGAUCAGUCCACUAGUCCCGCUGUCAUGGUCCCUGGAAUCCUGGCUAGCUCUUUCCACACUCUCGCGCUGGCUAGAGAGGACGAUCCGCCUCGGGCCAUGCGAUCCAGUUCUCCAGAUGCCCGCCCAUGUUCUGGGGCAUUCUGUUCACCUCUGUUCGAGGCGAGGAUGCUCCCGUUCUUCGGGCCGAGGUCGCCACCCUUCUGGCGAAAGGAGCGAUCAAGCCCGUCCCUCAGGCUGAGAUGUCCUCGGGAUCCUACAGCCCGUACUUCAUCAUCCCCAAGAAAUGUGGGGGGCUGCGCCCCAUUUUGGAUCUGCGCACCCUGAACAAGCACCUUCACAGAUAACCGUUCAGGAUGUUGAUGCAGAAGUGCUUUCUGGUGUUCAUCAGACACCAGGAUUGGUUCGUGGCAAUCGACCUGAAGGACACGUACUUUCAUGUCUUGAUUCUUCCUCGUCAUCGAUCGUUUCUGCGGUUCGCUUUCAAGGGUCAGUCAUAUCAGUACAAGGUCCUGCCCUUCGGUCUGGUCUUGCCCUUCAGUCUGGCCCUGCCCCCGCGAGUCUCAGGGAGAGAGGUGUGCAGAUUCUCAACUAUCUCGAUGACUGGCUUAUCUUGGCUCACUUGCGAGAUCUGUUGUGUACUCACAGGGACCUGGUUCUCCGGCACCUAUACCGCUUGGGCCUUCGGGUCAACUGGGACAAGAGCAAGCUCUCCCCGGUGCAGAGCAUCUCUUAUCUCGGUCUGAAACUAGACAUUGUCACCAUGAUGGUGCGUACUCCUGAACGCGCACAGUCGGUGCUGAACUACCUGACACUGUUCAGGCGGCAGUCAGGGGUCUACCUGACACUGUUCAGGCGGCAGUCAGGGGUCCCCCUGAAACUGUUUCAGAGGCUCCUGGGACACAUGGCAUCCUCGGCAGGUGUUAUCCGGCUUGGGUUGAUGCACAUGCGACCGUUUUAGCACUGGCUACAGAGUCGGGUUCCCUGGAGAGCGUGGCACACCAGCACCAAGCAUAUUCCCAUCAUGCCUCAAUGCCGUUGUACCCUAACCCCUUGGUCGUCCAUGACCUUUCUACAGACAGGAGUUCCACUUGGGCGGGUCUCGAGACACUCGAGACACAACUCGCCCAAUGCCUCCUCCUGUGAAGUCAACAGGUGGUGAAGUCUCUGCGGGCCACACACAUCCCGGGCGACCUGAACCAGACAGCCGACGUGCUCUCUCGUCAGGUCACGCUUCACGGAGAGUGGCGACUCCACCCCCACGCAGUCCAGCUUAUUUGGGAGCUGUUCGGGUAUGCACAAGUGGACCUGUUCGCCUCCCUGGACACCACCCAUUGCCUGCUUUGGUACUCCCUGACCGAGGCCCCCCUUGGCACAGAUGCCUUAGCACACAGCUGGCCGCGGGACAAGUGGAUGUACGCCUUCACCCCAGUGAGCCUCAUUGUACAGGUCCUGUACAAGGUCAGGGUAGAGGAGCAUCAAGUGCUGUUAGUUGCGCCCUACUGGCCCAACCAGACUUGGUUCUCAGACCUAGUGGCUCUGACGACAACUCCCCCUGGCCGAUUCCCCUGAUGAAGGAUCUUCUUUCUCAGGGGAUGGGCACAGUCUGGCACCAGAGACCAGACCUCUGGAACCUCCAUGUCUGGGACGAGGAGAUCCUAAGUGGCCUGCCACCUGCGGUUGCUGAGAUCUCUCAGGCUAGGGCCCCAGUCACUAGGCAUCUAUACGCCUUUAAGUGGCGCCUCUUCUUGUCCUGCUGUGCUUCUCGAGGAGAAGACCCGCAGAGAUGUGCGAUCGGAGUCAUGCUGUCCUUCCUCCAAGAGAGACUUGAAGACAAUCUCUCCCCUUCCAUGCUAAAAGUGUAUGUAGCCGCUAUUGCUGCUCAUCAUGAUCCAGUCAGUGGUAAGUCACUCAGACAGCAUGAUCUGGUCAUCAGGUUCCUUAGGGGCGCUAGGAGGCUAAAUAAACCUCAACCUCGCUCCAUACCCUCUUGGGACCUUAACGUGGUCUUUGAGGGUAUCCGAAAGCCCCCGUUCCUUACGAUGAAGACGGCUCUCCUGGUGGCGCUCUUCGGUCAAGAGGGUAGGGGACCUACAAGCACUCUCUGUGUCCAACGAGUGCUUGAAGUUCGGACCGGCUUUUUCUAACAUGAUCCUGAGACCCGGCUACGUGCCCAAGGUUCCCACCACUCCCUUCCGGGACCAGGUGGUGAACCUGCAGACGCUCCCUGUUGGGAGGAAGACUCAACCCCUUCCGUGUUGUGUCCAGUAUGCACCUCUACUUGGACCGCACACAGAGCUCUUUGUCUGCUUUGGAGGUCAGCAGAAAGGGAGGGCUGUCUCCAGACAGAGGUUGCCGCACUGGAUCGUGGAUGCCAUCCCUAUGGCUUACCGAGAGCUCACUCUACUCGAGGUGUAGCCUCCUCAUGGGCACUGGCUCAGGGUGCCUCUCUGGCAGACAUCUGCAGAGCUGCGGGUUGGGCUACACCCAAUACAUUUGCACGAUUCUACAACCUUCGUGUUCCCCUCUCGGCGAAGCACAGGCAUUCCAUCCUUCACCAAGCACUUCUCCGGCAAGGAGCCAGGUGCAGCGGCUCCCUGCCAGGCCUGGUUUCGGUAGUUUCCCUAGUCAGGUGAACCCCUUAAUCAGCGCUGCUUACCAUACUUAGUGACUCCCCCACUUGGGUGGUCCCGUAUGAUGUUUCCUCACGCUACGGUUUCCCUGUGUCCCUUGCUUUACCGGGUGGCUAUCUCGCUAUAGAGAACAGAAGGCCUCUGCCCGUACGGUCAAUGGUAAGAUCCCUCAGACUUCGUUUAACUCCUAAUAUCUUACCUUUCCCACUGGAAGGUCAUGAUUCGCUCUAGCGCUCACUGGUGACACGCUCACGCCUGUCACUGUCGCUCCACUAGAGUCUGUGACACGGCGGAAGCACUGUGGCAUUUCAUAUAGGGACCCCAUUCUGUCUCGACACAACGUCAAGAGACCGACAGAAAGGGAACAUGUGUCCUUCAAUUCAAUUCAAUUUUAUUUAUAUAGCACUUUUCACAAUGUGCAUUGUUUCAAAGCAGCUUUACUGGAGCAAAUAAGAAAAACACAGAAAGGUAAAACACAGCACAGUGCAUGGUGUUUAUAGACCAAGCAAGAUCAUUCUAAUAAAUAAUAUCUAAUAAAUAAAUGAAUAAAUAAAUUCAGUCUCCUGGUGAGCAAGCCAACACUGCCCUGCUGUGGCGAGGAACCCAAACUCCAAUGAUGAAUAAAUGGAGAAAAAAAAACCUUGGGAGAAACCAGGCUCAGCCUGGAGGGCCAGAUCUCCUCUGACGUGUCAUAGACCCUGACCAAAAGCAAACGACACCGAGAAAACGUCCACGAAGAACAGGGAGAGCCCACCAGCCGCGACCUGCCAAAACCGUGCAGGUCCAACCCGGUCCCAACCAGACAAACAGAGGAACAACCAGGGAAAAAUAGUACUGGCAUAAUUAACUUUAUUCCUCUGUUGUCCGACAUCGACCACAAAACAAGACCAACCAGACCAGACCCACACAGUCCCAACAAAUGAAACGCCCCAAACCACAACCAACAAGCCCCCCCACUCCCCACAAACACCCACCCAGCAACCUCCAAUCAAAGUCAGAGUGCAGCUAUAACUUCAAACUGCUGUCAUGUGAUGUAAGUUUAGCAUUAAAUAGCAUGUAUUGUAAAUUUAGCAAUAAUGUGACAAGUAGUCCGUCUUUGCUCUUGGUUGGGGAUGGAAUUGUCUGAGCUGGGCUGGUCAGAUGGUCGCUUUUCUCUUGGGUGGUGAUGGAAUUGCCUUGGAUGGAGCUGGGAUGGUCAGUCAGUCCGCAGGCUCUCGCAGGAGGAUGGCACAGGAUUUUCAGAUGUAGCUGGUGGGAUCUCUAGUUGGGGAUGGGCAUAUGACGUUCAUCUGGGCCUGGCGGAAUCUCUCCCUACCUCGGGAUGGGCAUCCCGAGGUGAGGGCAGAAAGAGAAUAAUUAGCGUAGCUGCUGUUCAUGAACUAUGUAUUAAGUGAAUGCUUGGCUGAAAAGAAGUGUCUUUAAUCUAGAUUUAAAUUGGGAGAGUGUGUCUGACCCUCGAAUAGUAUCGGGAAGGCUAUUCCAGAGUUUAGGUGCUACGUAUGAGAAAGCUCUACCCCCUUUGGUGGAUUUAGUUAUUCUAGGUGUUAUCAAAAGUCCGGAGUUUUGAGAUCUUAGAGAACGUGAUGGGUUGUAGUGUGGUAGAAGCUCUGUUACGUAGGUAGGGGCUAAACCGUUUAAGGCUUUAUAAGCAAUUAAAAGAACUUUAACGUCAAUACGAUACUUAAUGGGUAACCAGUGAAGGGCUGAUAACAUUGGGGUUAUGUGAUCGUAUUUUCUGGACCUGGUUAGAACUCUGGCAGCUGCAUUCUGAACUAACUGUAGUUUGUUUAUUGAUGAUGCAGGACAACCACUAAGCAGUGUAUUACAGUAGUCAAGUCUUGAGGUCACAAAUGCAUGAAUAAGCUUCUCUGCGUCAGCAACACAUAAAAUAUUUUGUAAUUUGGCAACAUUUCUAAGGUGUAAGAAGGCUGUUUUUGUGACAUUUGAGAUGUGAUUUUUAAAUGACAGGUUGCUGUCUAAUAUAGCACCUAGGUCUUUAACUGUAUUUGUUGGAGUAACAGUGCAGCCUUCAAUUUGCAGGUUAUAAUCCGAAAUAUUCUGCUCACGUGUCUUUGGUCCGAUAAGUAAUAUUUCUGUUUUAUUAGAAUUUAAAAGAAGGAAAUUCCUAUUUAUAUCUUCAAUGCACUCUGCCAAUUUGGAUAGCUGGAAGGAAUCAUCUGGUCUUGAUGAGAUAUAUAGCUGUGUAUCAUCUGCAUAACAGUGGAAGCUAAUUCCAUGUUUUCUAAUAAUGUUUCCAAGGGGCAGCAUGUAUAUGGAGAAUAGCAAGGGUCCUAAAACCGAUCCCUGGGGUAAUCCAUAAUUUACUUGCGUUAGAUUUGACGAUUCCCCAUUUAAAUGGACAAAUUGAUGUCUGUCUGAUAAGUAAGAUCUGAACCAUUGUAGUGCCUGUCCCUGAAUACCGGUAUUUGUCAAAAGCAGAUUAACAGAUUUAUUUCCUAAAGACAAUCAGACAGUAACUGGCAUGAAAUUAACUCCACAAUAGAACAGACAAUGUGGGACAACCAGGGCUUGGGGAAAAUGGCUCGAGCACUCGGCCGUAAAGACCGUAGGGGAGAGGUGACAAGGCCGGGACUUGCCUUGAGAGGUGAGCAGACCGUACGUCACAAUGACGGUGCUAGAGGGAAGUCUCCAAUAGCUUUUAAUCCGAAUGUCUCGUGUGAGUUAAAGAGUCCUCCAAGAGAAGCAUUAAUCCGAGUGUCUCGUGUGAGUUAAAGAGUCCUCCAAGAGAAGCAUUAAUCCGAGUGUCUCGUGUGAGUUAAAAGAGUCCUCCAAGAGAAGCAUUAAUCCGAGUGUCUCGUGUGAGUUAAAGAGUCCUCCAACAGAAGCAUUAAUCCGAGUGUCUCGUGUGAGUUAAAGAGUCCUCCAAGAGAAGCAUAAAUCCGAGUGUCCCGUUUGACGGUAGUGAGGCAGGGAGUCCUCAACAGAGGGGAAGACAGUCCGGCCAAAGUAGUAUGCCCGAACCUGGACCCACGGUGGUUGAAGCCAAUACCGUAGCCCUGGCGCUAGGACUCUUGGUGAGGAGAAGACCGGCAGAGAUAGUCCUCUCUUCGUGAGAGAACUUGUUCCUGCUUCCCCAGAUAGACGUGAGGUGAGGUCCGGUAGCCGUGGUCGCUGGGGUAAACAAGGCAGAAAAAUGCAGACACCCGGUUCUGGUAACAGCACUGGAGCCACACAGGACAAAUGGUGAGUACUGAGUAGCAAGACAAGAUAACAAGAUUACAAGGCAAGAUAUCACGACUAGACUGGAACAAUAUUUCCGGACAUGAUACUUAAGAUAGUCAAGACUGGCUACGCUUGUGCAGCAAACACUAACGAUCCGACACAAACUGGGAGAAGCACGAGAAAAAAGAAGAGGAGGAAAUCAGUGUGGAAUGAGAAACAGCUGGAGAGCGAGAGCGACACCAGGUGAUGCGAAGAGAGCAAAAGUGGUUAAUGAUUAGUAGACAAGAGGGGCGGGGUCAAGAACGCGGAGCUGAGCACAUGGUAAACUGUCAGGAGAGAUCUAGUGUAAACAAAACACACAGAGGACGAACAAAAACAGAAGUGCUAGACCCGACAGGUAUUAUUGUGUAAGCGAUCUAGAAGUAUUUUAUGGUCUACAGUAUCGAACGCAGCACUAAGGUCAAGCAGGACUAGGAGUGAGAUGUUACCUUUAUCUGAUGCUAUAAGCAGGUCGUUUGUUAUUUUAACGAGCGCAGUUUCAGUACUAUGAUGCGGUCUAAAGCCUACAUUUUUUUGUGUAUGUCAUUAUUUUGUAAGAAAGAGCACAACUGAGAUGGACACUACUUUUUCUAGUAUUUUAGACAGGUAAAGGAGAUUUUAAAUCGGUCUAUAGUUUCCUAGUUCAUUGGGGUCUAAGUUUGGUUUCUUGAUAAGAGGCUUAAUGACGGCCAGCUUAAAGGGUCCUGGGACAUGGCCUAGAUUAAUUGACGAGUUGAUAAUGUUAUAAAUGGGCUCUUUUAUAAUAAUAACUCUUUUAAUAAUUUAGUUGGUAUGGGGUCUAAUAAGCAAGUUGUAGGUUUAGAUGUUGCAAUAAGUUUAAUUAAAUCUUCCUGUUUUAUAUGUGAAAAACACUGUGGCCUUUCAGAUUCAAGUCACUAAUGCUUUCCUACAGGACUGUCUGUCAUGGUAUGUGGACGGAACCCAUGCGCAGGCAGUGAAAGGGUUAACAGAAAAUACUUUAAUAUACAACAACAAACACAAAACAAAACCCACGAGGGGGCAAAACCCCAAUACAAUAAAACUAAACUUGACAGAGAACAAAACACUGACUAGACUAGACUAGACUACAAAUACAAGAUGACUUGGUCACAUGCCUAAACUCGACUAAACUCCAAAAACAGGAACAAGGUAUUAGGCAAAACAAACCGCACAGGACAGAAAACACCAGGGCAUUAAAUAAGGGAACAAAUCAAGAAAGGAACAGGUGAGGGGCAUGAAACCAUAACAAGAUAAUUAACGAGGUAACGAGAGGGCGGGGACAUAGACGAAACCGGAGAGCUUGUGGCAUGCCGAACCAAGCGAUGCCUACGGUCUUCCACACAGAACACUUGGUACUGUCAUGAUCCUGCCCCAAGACUAGAAAAACUUGGCCAGAUGAGGCAGAACCAUGACACUAUCACUGGAUCUGCACCGGCAUACUUUCACACCCUCCUACACUCCUACACCCCAUCAAGAACCCUGCGUUCAGCAAAUGAGCGGCGUCUUGUUUUGCCUUCUCAAAAGGGCAGUAAAUUGCUUUCCUGCUCAUUCUCCUUCACAACUCCUUCCUGGUGGAACAUUCUUCCUAACUCAGUCCGGUCAACCACAUCUCUCACAACAUUCACAUACUCACACAACAUGCGAAUACUUGACAGACAAAUGAGAAAAAAACUAACCCUCUCUCUUUCUCUCAACAGGUAUUACUCUGGCUUUUAUGGAAACAAGUAACUUGGUAUUAGCACCUAUUUUAUUAUCGCUCCUGUCUGACAUAUCGCUUUAUUGCUCCCUGAACUCUGUGUAAGUCACUUUGGAUAAAAGCGUCUGGUAAAUGACUAAAUGUAAAUGUAAAUGUACUGUAUAUUUGAUUUGCUGACAUGAGUCACAGCUGACAUCGACCGUAUGCAAUACACUUUCAUCAGGUAAGUAGCAUAUACGGUAAAAUCAUAAAUAAAACAAAGCAGAACCCCAUCAUUUCCUUAUUUUUCUAGUGAGCUAUUAGUAAUAUCCAUCAUGUGUGGUGUAAUAUACAACUAACCAUAGUUAAAAAAUACCCCAGUAGCAUGUUUAAUGGUGCAUAAUUAUUACAAAAAUUUACACAGUGUAUGUUCAUGAUGACUUUCUCCCAGUCAUACAAUUGUUGUCUGAAAUAGGUACCCCUUAGUUUCAAAAUAAUUACUGUAUAACUAUUUUUACAUUUUCCUUACUCUUACUCCUUUAUUCCCCAAAAGUUACAUAUUUUUUCCUUUUACCUACAGAUAUGUACUGUGGAGUUACAUAAUUGUUACAAUUAGUUAUGCUGUAAUUUCUGUUUAAUUACGUGGUACAUUGCGGACCAUAAUCUAAAGCAUUACCCAUUGUUCUUUAUGCUGCGUUACAGACAACUCUCAGAUUUUGGGUAUUGCCAACCUCAAUCCCUGAAGUAAACGUAUGGAAUGGCAAACGAAGUCGGUAAUCCGACCUCUGAGCUCGUGGCAGAUCGAUCAACCCUGACUUAACCGAGACGUGUCAUUUGACGUCACGGACAAGAUGCCGACUAGCCCUUCACAACUUUAUGUGAACCAUAAACAAACUUUCAAUUAUUUUUACAACACGGAAUAUGUAUGAACAUGAACGUUAAUAUAUCCAGAAACUAUUUAUGAACAAAUGCCUAUGUUUGAAUAGCUACCAUAUAACGAUAACAUAGACUGCUGUUACGUUCUCUUGGCGUCUCAUAGUAACAUCACGUGGUAAACAUGCGAAUGUGAUACGUGGUUGACUGGAACGUAUUGAGGUCAGAAGUCAUAGGCUGUGUCCGAAAUCGCCACCUAUACAUCAUUCACUAUUCCCUACAUUAGUUCACUAUAUAGUCCACUGGGGUGGACUGAAAGUGGGUGAAAACGAAUGAGUCAAUUCAGACACUCUGAAGCGCUGCGGGCGCCAUUUUCUGCCAAGACACGGGAAUUAAUUCAGUGCGAGCCUCACGAUAGAUGGUUAGCAGCUAGCCGUGAGUGUACAUCGCUUGUACAUUUGUUAUUAUGAUGCAUCGGGGAUUGAAUGAGUGCACUCAAUAAUGUCCACUAUGAAUUCGGACACCACUAAAAAUGGAUGUCCCCUCAAAAAGUGCACUAUAUUAGUGUAUAGGGGGCUAUUUCGGACACAGCCCUAUAAUUUACGACAUAAAAUCAGAUUUGUCUGGAACAGCAUUAGCACCACCUGGCUUACCGGAGUGAAAUAGAUAUGGUGACAAAUUUGAUAUGAAAGCUAGUUUUUUUAAAGACCUUUAGAAUGAGGAAUAUGUAACAUAAGCCCCAUUCGCAGGGCAUUAGUAUUAUCUCGGGACCUCGUGUGAUUUAGAAAUAUUGUCUCCACAUCUGUAUUUCAUGUGCGGAGCACUCGCUGUUGGGUCUCGGGUCUAGCACUCUCUGUUUUGUCUGUCUUGUCCUCUGUCUUUGUUGUGUUGGGCACGUGACUGUUUUGACAGCUCGCCACGUGCUCAGAGUCCGCAUGCUUCACCUCGCCCCUCUCGUUACCUUGUUAAUCUAUUCAUUUGUUUUUUACUCGUUUCACCUGGGUCUCCUCACGAUUCUCCUCGUUCCCGGCUGGUUCCUUAUUUUCUGUUUUGAUCUACCUCCCUUUCUAUGCAUGUUUUCACUUGUCCUGUGUCAGACCUUUAGAGUGUAUACCCUUCCGGAUUGACCAUUUAUAUUAAUCUUGCCUAGUCUAGUCUUGCUAGUAUUUUGGUCUUGUAGCUCACCUCACCUUGUCUUGACUCCAGAGUUUAGUACACUCCUUGGUGUCUGCCUCUCUUUACCAUUGUCUACCCAGCGACGGCCUCUCCAGUCUCGUGUGGUUCCUGCCAAGUGGAUUUAUUCCAGUUUCGAGUGUUUCCUGUCAAGUGGAUUUAUUCCAGUUUCAAGUGUUUCCUGCCAAGGGGAUUUAUUCCAGUUUCGAGUGUUUCCUGCCAAGUGGAUUUAUUCCCGUUCCAAGUGUUUCCUGCCGGGUGGAUUAUUCCAGUUUUGAGUGAUUCCUGUCAAGUGGAUUUAUUCCAGUUUUGAGUGGGAUCUGUCAAGUGGAUUUAUUCCCGUUUCGAGUGUGUCCUGCCAAGUGGAUUUAUUCCCGUUCCAAGUGUUUCCUGCCGGGUGGAUUAUUCCAGUUUUGAGUGAUUCCUGUCAAGUGGAUUUAUUCCAGUUUUGAGUGGGAUCUGUCAAGUGGAUUCAUUCCCGUUUCGAGUGUGUCCUGCCAAGUGGAUUUAUUCCAGUUUCGAGUGGUAUCCGCCCCACGAAUCAUUCAGGCAUCUAGUGGAUUUUGGCUUUGGGAUUUCCCCUCUGGGGUUUUGCGAACUUUCAUCACAGCGGACUGCCUCUUCAGUCUGCUGUCCCCAGUGCUCGUUUUGUGGUGCUCGUUUCGUGGUGCUCGUUUCAGUCUAGCCAUAGGCUCAUAGGACUGUGGAUUAACCCCCGUUUGUCACUUCGAGAUUUUGGUCCCUCAAGGGCCAACGGACUCAACUGCCUUUUUCCUCUGGAAAACUCCUCAACUCCAACUUUUCCUUUUCCCAUACCUUACCACCGGCCGAGCUUGAGCCAUUUUUCUUGUUGUGUUUCCCCUGGACAUUGCUCUGUUUCGCGGUGUUAGUCAGGAUUCUCCGCUCCAGUGGGCUGUUUUGGGGUUUGUCUGUGACUUUCAGUAAACCUGUCUGAACCCUGCACUUGACUCUUGAGUAUUCGUGACACUCGCACAGGCUAAGUGAAGCCUGAGAUUUUACUCAAAUUUACGGACUUAUUUCCCGAGUAUGAUGGCAAGGCUUUGCGUAUAGUUUGUACAUAUGUAGUUGUAUGGUAUAUAACGAUAUUACCGUACCUGUCAGCAUUUGAGACCCGGAAUCGCAUUCUGGGGUCCCCCUCUGUCCAUUGGUGAUCGCGUUACGGGAGUCUUUGCCAAAACAGCAGUGAUGGCAGGUAGAAGGCUUUCUGGAAAAGGAACAUAUGUGAAGCAUCAAGGCUCAAUGGGUUUUGCCUUGCAUUGCGGGAAUUUUAAAUUUUUAGGUAAGGAACGUUUCAGUGCAUUAGAAAGAUUUUGUGAAUGGGACUCCCUGACAAAGCCAUGGGAGAGGCUUUCAACGGCUCUGACUACACCUUAAUCACUUUUACCAGAAAACACUAAAAAUGUUUUCCUCUUUUUAAGCAAUAUACGGGCAUCUUUAACUAGAGGUCUAAUUUAUAUUCUGUUGGACUUCCUUCUUGAUUGUUAAUAUAUUCCAUUUAUGUUAUAAAAACGUCUUGGUUACGGAUGUAACCUCAGUUCCCUGAUGGAGGGAACGAGACGUUGUGUCGAGCCGACAGAUGGGGUUCUCCUUGAGAACCAAUCGCUUCCGACUUCUUUAGAAAAGGCCAAUGAAAUUGGCGUAUGAAAUUUGCGUGCCGGACUUCGCCCCCGGAUAUACGGGUAUGAAAGGGCGACGGCGUGCUGCAUUCAUUCACCUUUGUUCUGAGGAGCCUGAGAACCUCUCACGACUGCUGCAGCGGGCAGCACGUGUUUUGGCAUAAAGGACACAAUGUCUUGUUCCCUCCAUCAGGGAACUGAGGUUACAUCCGUAACCAAGAAGUUCCCUUUCUGUCAGUCUCUCGACGUUGUGUCGAGCCGACAGAUGGGGUUCCUAUGGAAAACGCCACAACGCUGUGCCCUGUCACAAUGUCUAGCGAAGCGACGGUGACUGGCCUGUGCGUGUCAGCUGUGAACGCUACCAAGAAAUUGUAACCUACCAGUGGGUAGGUAGGGGGUCCCAGAGCUUUUCUUGAAAGGUGGGAAGGCCCCUGCCUUCGGCCUCACAGGCGGCGGCCUUGUUUCUCUAACAGCAAGAAGCCGCCCGCUACCAUAAAGGCCACUGGGUAAGCGCUACUUCCUCAAAUGGGGGAUGCGCUACAGAGACCACUUCCUACCGUAGGGAGGAGAUUAGUGGAGAUAUCAACAUGGUCUCACCGUUUAGGGGAGAAGUCAUGAGAAAAAAUGUGCGGACUGAAGGAGUUAACCGCAAGGUGGAGGUCCACCUAGGGAAGGUCAUGGGUUGCCAAGGUGGGAACCAAUUAUGAGGAUGCAUCAGACGGAACCGCCCCGAUGGGGGGUUACAACGUCCGGUAGCACUAGGUCUGGUUAGAGCUAUGUUGUGGAUAACUCAGAUGGUAUCCGGCCUAAGGGGCAGGGCUGCUGUGCCCAGCCCGGAGGUCCUUGCUUAGUGAUGGAUGGAGUGCCUGUUCUUCACCCAGUGGGGAAAGAAGGGAGGCUGAAUUAGGCUGAAUGGUACUGUCGUAGGCGUACACCCUACGGGCUGCCGGUCCUACAUGUUGCCAUGCAGGACGCGGGCUGAUACUGGUUCUACGCAGAGGUUGUAGAACCUCGCGAAGGUGUUGGGUGUAGCCCAACCCGCAGCUCUGCAUAUGUCUGCAGAUGUCUGCCAGCUCUGCGGCCCGCGCAAGUGCCCACGAGGAGGCUAUACCCUGGGUGGAGUGAGCUCUCACUGCUAAUGGGCACGGGCGGUCUUGGGAUAGGUAUGCCGUCGUGACAGCGUCCACAAUCCAGUGUGCCAACUUCUGUUUGGAGACAGCCCUCCCCUUUUGCUGACCUCCAAAACAGACAAAGAGCUGAUCAGAGCUCCUGAAGCUCUGCAUGCGGUCUAAGUAGAGGCGCAGCGUGUGUACUGGACACAACACAUACGGGGUUGGGUCUUCCUCCCCGGUGGGGAGCGCCUGUAAGUUCACCACCUGGUCCCGAAAAGGAGUGGUGGGAACUUUGGGCACGUAGCCAGGCCAAGGUCUCAGGAUAACGUGAGAAUCACUGGGCCCGAAUUGUAGGCAAUCAGGGGACACGGAGAAUGCUUGUAGGUCCCCUACCCUCUUGAUGGAGGCGAGCGCCAUCAGGAGAACCGUCUUCAUCGUGAGAUGAGAAAGAGCGGAAUCUCCUAGGGGCUCGAAGGGGGGCCUGCUGAGGCCCAACAGGACCACAUCAAGGUCCCAAGAGGGUAUGGAGUGCGGAUGAGGCGGAUUCCGCCUUCUCGCGCCCCUUAGAAACCUGAUGACCAGGUCGUGCUGUCCUAGAGACUUUCCAGCAACUCGUUCCAGAAACUGGCUCUGCCGGUUUGCCUGCCUGGCGAUGCAGCUCCACGCACCGUCGAUUUGAGAGUGCUGAGGGCUGCAAUGUAUAUUCGAUGUUGCAUCUCGCCAAGACGCAACGUCGAGUUGCCGAACACCGUCUUGCAGAGGGUGAGAGUGGCUGUGAGAAACACGCAGGGAGAUUGGAAACUCUUUUUGUGAGGAAGUGGGCUGAUGUUGGGACGGGGCAGGAACCGCCCCGGCUCGACCGACCAACGAUGGAAUGGCUGGGGUCAAGCCCAAUGGUGUUAACCUCCCUGGGGUCUUCCCGUCAGGGUCACUUCUUCCGCGAUGGUUGCUGACGGGGUGGCGGUCUCCUCUUCGACGUCCUCUUCCGGGGGGCUGCCUGUGUAGGGAGCGCCGAAGCUGGCGUUGGAGAGGGCCGGGGCUGCCGGGAUCUCGAAGUCGAGAUCACGGCGGGGUAGGUCUGCUUCUUCACUGUCGAGAACUGCUGUGAGAAGUCCUCGACAGUGUUGCCAAACAGCCCACCUUGCGUGAUGGGCGCGUCGAGAAAGCUGACUUUCUCGGCGUCGCUCAUCUGCGCCAGGUUAAGCCAGAGAUGCCUCUCCUGGACCACAAGUGUGGACAUCGCCUGACCCAGGGCCCGCGUGGUCUCCUUGGUCGCCUGUAGGGCGAGGUCGGUGGCGGUGCGGAGUUCCUGCGUUAACCCUGGGUUGGUCUUACCCUCGUGGAUCUCUUUCAACGCCUUGGCCUGGUGGACCUGCAGGAUGGCCAUGGCGUGGAGAGAGGAGGCAGCUUGGCCUGCAGCAGUGUAGGCCUUCGACACCAGAGAUGCCGAAGUCCUACAUGCCUUGGACGGGAGUUUCGGUUGACCUCUACAGGUGGCCGCCGUCUGCGGGCACAGGUGCACCGCGACUGCACGUUCCACCUGGGGUACGUCGACGUAGCCACUAGCUGCCCCAUCAUCGAGGGAAGAAAGGGCGGCGGAACUGGUUUGACGUGUAUGAGCCGAGAAAGGGGCGUUCCACGUCUUCGUCAGUUCCUCAUGCACCUCCGGGAAGAAUGGAACCGGGGUUGGGCGCGGCUUGGAGUCACGCUCAGAGCCCAGGAACUAUGUGUCCAGCCGUGAGCGCUGGGGAAGAGGCGGUGCAGUGCAAAGCAGCGCAAUGCUUACGGCGGCCCGGGAAAGCAUGGCCGACAUCUCAAAAUCCGCUUCUUCCUGAGCUCGACCCCCCGUGCGGGGGAGCUGCAAGGAAUUGUCUGGAUCGGAUGCUAGCAGAUCGCCCUCCAUUGCUGCGAUUGACAUCUUAUCAUCUUCAUGCACUGUUUCCGAUUGCGUGAAUGAGGAUCCAGACGGUGUGGCACCACCUUCUUGGGAACGGUCAGACGAGCGAGAUGGGGUGUGAGUGGUCCGCGAGCGCUUGGCUGACGGAUUUACGCUCGCAAUAGCCCCCAUAUCACCCUUGCCGUUCGCCUUGGAGGACGGUAUGGCCUUAGCCAUUUUCGUCAUGGCCUGGGAAGCAUGCGAGGUGGUGGCUCAUUCUCGAGAGAAGGCAGCCACCCGUGACCACAACGUCUGAAUGACCAUCUGCCCGCAGUGCGGACAAGAUGUAUCAACGAAGGCUGCCUCAGCGUGCUGGAGACCCAAACACUUGAGGCAGACAUCGUGUCCGUCCCCCUCCUCGAUGAGGGUAUCACACCCACGAGAACAGCGGGACAUGCCACGCUGGAGAAAUAAACUCUUUUAGAAGUCUCGAACACCUCUGAAACUGCCGAGAAGCCCAGGGGAAGUCGCCGCAGGCCGGGACGGCCAGUCCGCUGCACCACGUCAUAGAAACCUGCAUCUGUAGUUGCUAUCUUGUAGCGAAGUCUGUUGAUCAUGAGCGAAGGCUCCGAAGAACAAAAGGUGAAUGAGUGCAGCACGCCGUCUUCCUUUUAUACCCGGAUAUCCGGGGGCGGAGUCCGGCAUGCAAAUUUCAUUGGCCUUUUCUAAAGAAGUCGGAAGCGAUUGGUUCUCAAGGACGAACCCCAUCUGUCGGCUCGACACAACAUCGAGAGACCGACAGAAAGGGAACAGUUGCUGGCAGGCCACUGUAAAUGCAUUGGCCAGUUGUUAUUUUAGAUUAUAUAUUAUUAUUACAUUUCAAUUACAGUUUUUAAAUUGUACACUUAAACGCAAAUCAAAAUUGAUCAUGUCUUUUCUUCUCUUAUGAUUCUGUCAAAUGCAGGCUCUUUAGAGUUAAUAGCAUUUUUGACUAGAUGAAAUUGUCAUACACAUGUUUUAAAAUGUCCUGUAAAAGACUGGGAAAAAAUCAAUGAUUUAAUCUAAAAUAAUAUAUUUAAAAUGGACACAUGACAUACCUUAUUACGCUGUGAGAUAAGAUUCCCUGUAUCUUUGCGUGUGUAGCACUUCCUUAAAAUGCCACAAAUUCAUCUGAAAUUUGAGUAAGUUACUGGUUUCGUUUUACAUUCGUGGGAGUGAGAGAAAGAGAGGGAGAGAGAGUUUGUGGAAAAACUGCCGUUCGAGUGAUUGCUACAAGUGUCUACACACCCACACAGACACUGACUGCAGUUGUGAGUACUGUAUGGCGGGGGUUCCCAAAGUAGGGUUCGGGACCCCCGGGGGGUCGCAAGAUGAUUUCCAGAAUUUUUUUUUUAUUAUUUAGGAAUAGUGUAGGCCUAUUUAAUCAAUGAGUGUAUGUGAUUACGUCACAUUAGCGACCGCAUUAGGUUAGGUGCAGCAGGUCAAUUUACCAUUAAUGCACCCAGAUUAUUUUUCAGGUUUUAAGUUUAGGAUAUUUGUAUUUGUCGAAAUGAAACUUUGGUUAAUAUCGACCAAAGACAAUGCAGGGAGGCCAGCGGAGGGGGGCAGAGAAGCGCUGCAGUCAGAAAGGCCAUCGUCCUCAGGUACGAAAAGAGGCCGGUGUUUGCAUAAAGAGGACAUCCGUCAGCACUCGAAUCAGUUUGAUGAAAUUUGACCAUCUGUAGUAGUUCAGGGUUUAUGUAUAACAACAAGUAAAAUGAUGAGUAAAUAGCCUAAGUCUUAUCCUACUUAUGUUACUGUGUUCGGUUGUGUUGUCAUUAUGCGCAUGUUUGGCUAGACCUAAUAAAUGCACGUGCGCAGCUGCGCGCAAUGUUUGUACUUUACCCACCUCUGAGGAUAGGGGGGGUCUCGAGUCCCUGGCAUUGUUAUUUUGGGGGUCUCGGGCUGAAAAGUUUGGAAACCCCUGCUGUAUUGGAGCAUGCAUGUACAGUAAGGAUGAACAAAAGAAAAUGUUAUGACCUUUUGUGUCAAUGCUAUUUGAGCUUCCGUUAUAAUUAUUAAAUUAUUUUCCUAGAUUGUCUUUCUUUGUAAGAAUUAAGUGUACUCUUGCUAAAUGACUGUAAAUUGCUUGUAAGUGACUUAAAUCCUUUGUAGUCAGAGACACAACUGACUAGCGAUGCUUAGAUAUAACAUCCAUUGAUGUUAUAAAGAUGCGUAUAAGAUUGAUUUUAUCGAAGGUUGCAUUGUCAGGACCGCAACUCAGUGCUCAGAAUAGUUUUUGUAACAUUGCACGUAAUUCAAGAUGGACAACAAUCAGAGAUGUCUGUGCUUUAUUUCUUUAAAGUUACAUACAAUUUUGAUGCCUUGAAGUGUGCAGCAAAGUUACUAACGUUAGUUGUAAAGUCACAUAACAUAGCUUCUUAUAGACUUGUGCAAAACAAACUGUAACCUGUUUGCUUUUUGUUUAUUGAAACUAUAGCAUGAUUCUGGCAUCGACAAUGUGACAAUGAUCGUAAUAAUUUUAGCCAGCACAUUUAAAAGAACACUAUCGACUGGUGCCCCAGAACUGUCCGUUGCUAACAUUCUUCCAAAUAUCUUUCUUUGUUUUCAACUGAACACAAGAAGUGUUUACAGGUUUGGAACAGCUUGAGGAUGAGUAAUUAAUGACAGAAUUCUAAUUUUUGAAGGAGUAUCUCCAAAUAUGUAUACAAAUAACAAAGCAAAUGUGAUAAAAAAUUGUGUUGAAUUGAACAAGUAGCAACAUUUUUUUUCAGUGUGUGCUUGACCUGUUUUUCUUUUUUAGAAUUUACUGUUGCGACCAGCAUGUGUUGCCAUUAGUUUAUUUAUGGAUGUGGGCUUCUAAUGAAUCGCUUGACGCAAAAGAUGGUCACCUGUCGCCACCUGCAGGCGUGCAAAUGUAACUUCUCUCGUGCUAGCAGGUGUUAAAGAGAUAACUAAAAAUAUAAAUGAUGUCUUAACUCACCCUCAAGUUGUUUUAAACCUGCAUACACUUACACAAAAUAUAUUGUAACCAAACACACUUAAAAACACUUUCUUACAUGUAUUUCUGUUAAGCUCUA